AUGUCCAUUGCGCCUCGGCAAAUUAUGGAUGACUCGAAUUUAAAAAAAGAAGAUCCUACUCAUUCUCCUACUACAUCCUCCGUACCCGUUGCUACCAUCUCUACAGCUACAGGUCAAGAUCCAAUCUCUACAGGAUCCACUGCAACCAACACAGGCCCUCAUCACGGUGCUCCUCCACCAACCACAAUUACUCCUGCAAGUGCUGGAGCUACCCCGAAUCCUCCCAAACACCCUUCUACCGGUAUUCCUCCUUCUCCCACUGCCACCACAAUGUAUAGAUGUGAUAAAUGUGACAUGGUCUUUGCAAAACAGUCUGGUUUAACAAAUCACAAGCGGACAUAUCAUCAACCCGAAACCGUCGUUAUCAUCGGCAGACGCAGGUACGUUUGGAGAAGAAAUGAAAAUGGUCGGUUUCAGUGCGUUUGCGGCCGUCAAAAUUGGCGACGCCCGGUAAACUUUGCUUCCCACGCGAAGCAAUGUCCGAGCUUUCUAGCCAUGGACCCCAACAAUAUCCCUCCAGAGAUCAAUAAAGUUCCACCUCACGAGGACCUUCAUUCUUUAACUGAUUCCAGGCGCCGGUUUCGUCGGGGUCAUACACAAGAUAGUUUAACCCCUGGCCCGCAUCCAUCUCAAGUUGGCGACCCAAAUGCGUCUACCAACGCUGCAGUUGCUGCGGCUGCCGUUGCUGCUGCCAAUAACUUAACGAACGGUGUUCAUACUCCUGAUGUUUCACGAAAUAUAAAUAGCUCUUUAGUAGACGCUGCAGAGUCGCUGGCAAACGUUUCUCAACAGCAACACAAUCAUCACCCUUUUGCCCGUCAACAAGACUAUUCCACCCAUCCUCUUGCUCGCACUCCUAAUGCCUAUAGUCAUUCCAUGAAUAUGUUUGCUCCAAACAAUCCUAAUUCCUCUUUAUUACAAAAUUCUAUGCCUUCUGACGUUUCCAUUGCUUCUUCCCUCGUUCAACAGCCUAUCCACCCCUCGUAUGAUUCACGAUUUUCUAAAGGUACUGAUGCUCUUGUUGCUACCGCUUUAGGUUAUGGUGCUCCUCCCUCUGCUGCCACUCUUUGUCCUUUGUAUCGCGAUACCCCUGCUGCGAUUGUAAGUGAAAAGCUACGUCUACGGUUGGCCAACUUAAGAGUUGCAUACUGCGAAGACUGUCGAGAAUUUAUAUCCUUAUCCGCAGCCCUGGAUCAUCGCCGAUCGCAGCAUUCACAAAGCAUUACGCCCGAUCUUGUACAUGUGUACAGUGAUUUUCUAGAUUAUCAAAAUUGUUAA